AUGGACCAACUCAGACCUCACCAGUCUCUCCUCAAGACGCUCUACAUUGAGCAGGACUUGAAGAUGGAUAAAGUUAUGUUGAAGAUGAAGACUGACCAUGGGGUCACCGCAGGGCGGACCACCUACGAGCGUAUCUUCAAGCAGUGGGGAUUUAGCAAGAACAAGCCGGGCAGGAACUGGGAGUGGGUUUACCGGAAAUUGCGGAGGAGACGGCUCGAUGGCCGCGAUAGCGCCUUGUACGUUGACGGCAAACGAAAACCGCAGGCGACUAUCAAGAAGGAGAUAGCUCGCUAUGUUACCUUUCUACGGAAGGCACAAAUCAAGGCAGGAAGAUCCCCGAGCCCGGGAACGCCUGAGGGCUACCACAUCCAGACCCCGGAAUCCACCCCUUCGAUGGCAACACCUGGUGCAGCAGCCACGCCCGAUGCGGCAGCCACGCCUAGCGACAAUAGCAAUGAGAUAGACUCGGGAGAGCUGGUCGCUAUUAUCGACACACUCCAGGAGUGCGGUGCAUUCAUCUCGGUCUGGGGUGCGAGUGGCCGAAGCGCAUCCGCGAAAAGACUCCAGGAGAUAUACCAGGCGACCGCUCGUGCCAUCCUCUCGGCAACCGGUGCGGCCCAAGACGAGGGGAUUUCGGCGGAACUGGCUCCCCUCGCGACAAGCUACAAGAUCCUUUUGGCUACGCACCAGCAGGACCAAAACUCGCUCACGGGCCUGAUGGCCGAAUCCAACAAGUCCACACACAGGGACGUCUACCUGGCAGCCCUCUUCCUGGCCGCCAAGAAGGGUGCGACCGGGAUGGUCGAGCUCCUGCUGGAUGGGGCAUUCAAAGGUAGUGAGCCGAAAAACAACGCUGGCCAGACCUGUCUGCACAUCGCCAGCGUCAAAAACCAUCCGGCGCUCGUUGAGGUCCUUUUGGGACGAGAUCACGACGCCAACAAGUAUGACCGAGCCGGCUUCACACCAUGGACUGCUAUAUGCUACGACUCGAGCCACGAGGAGGUUUCUAGGCUGCUCAUUCAGGCCGGGGCGCGUGUGAACGUCACCAAUCCAGUUACCGACAUGAAUGCCAUGUACCAGGCCGCAGCUGGCGGCCACGUCGAGUCGGUCCAGACGCUGAUUAGGAGGGGAGCGGACCCGUCCUACAGGACUCCUUUCCGCUGGGCACCUUUGCAUUUCGCGCGUGGUCCAGAGAUUGUCAAAAUCCUCCUCGAGGCCAAUGCCGAGAUAAACCCCUUAUCCGGCACCGGCAGAACACCUCUCGACAUGCACUUCCAGAACGAGCCUGUGAGGCGCCUUCUCGAAGAAGCCGGUGCGAAACGUGCCCAAGGCCUCCGGACUAUACCCAGGCGCCCUUGGCAAUCGCCGGCUGCAGUGUUGCCGCAUUACGACGUCAGCUUGUUGCAACACUCUUUGCCCGACACAGCUCCUUGCCCCCACCCUUUCUGGCCGGCUCGCCUGGUUUUAUUGCAUAGUGAUGCGGGGUCAACUCCGACACCUACCGUGCAGAGGAAAACAGGUGCACCCGCCAGUACGAGCUCCAGCCCCAUGCCAGCAGGCUACCCGAUCAUCCCUGUGAGCCCCUCUCCACCCGUUGAGGUGCCGGCCCAGACAUCGGGAACACGGAACACGCCAUGGAUGCUUGGCUCCCCUACUUUUAUCUCCGGUUCCGUAUCCCCUCAGCUACAGCAGCUGGAUCGACUAUGACGGAAACGGUGGGAGGUGGACCAGCGCGUCAUCCGAGGCUGGUACCUCGACGAAGAUCUCUCAACAGCAACGGCCGAGGUUAUAGAAAAAGCGACAC